AUGGUGACAAUGGGAUUCCGGGUGUCUUCGGUUGAGAAAGAGGGUGUGAAGCAUGCAGGAGACAAGAAGAGGGGGUCUCGCUGCAAGUGCUACACGAUUAGUACCAUUGAGCCUCUGUUCCAUCAUCCCGCUUCGAACGGCCACCAGAAGGUCCAUAACCUAAAGCAGCCCCCUUCGAGGCAGAACGCAGCCUAA